AUGGUGGCGAUCGCAGCGGCCAUCGUGAUGGUCUACCAUCACAACGAGAUGCAGCAAGAGAUCGACAUCAAUCGACGGUCCAGGAAUCAGAUGGAGCGGCUGUACGAUGCGAUGCGACGGCAGGAGGGCGAGUGGAAGGCCAAGGCGGAGGACGAGCGGCUGCGACUCGCGGAGGUCAUGGACGCGUGCUCCAAGAUACGGCAGCAGUUGGCAGCGGAGCAGCAAGUCAGCCAGCAGCAGGAGCAGCAGAUACGCUCUCUGCAAGAG